AACUUUAAAACUCCCGCCAUAUCAUUAGCCGAUAUUUAUAUUACGUCCGCUAGGCAAUCUAGUAUUGGAAAAUAAUAUAGGUGUUACGCCCAAUAUUUUAAUAUUUUAAUUGGUAGGAGGGUUCAUGAUUGGAACUUAAAUUAUCUAAUUAUUUUUGUGGUUUAAUCUUAGAGCAAGGGUUUAAUUUCAACACGACAUCCUUCAAAGUUGACAUUUUUAAUAAUCAUUAGAAAAUUCAAAAUCAUAUUACAUAAUGUUCCCAUCCAUCACCUCCCAAUUAAUAUAAGAUAGAAUGAUGUAACAAUAAAGAAGUAAAAAAAUUCAAAAUCAUCAAAAUUAUUGUAAAAUACUUCAGUCAUGUCCAAAUGUAGAGGAAAAUGCACGGCAGGGGUUCCUUCGCGGUCAAUGUUACCAAGACAAAGACCCAGAACUGCAGGAAGUGGUAUACCUCAAUAUUCCCAAACAAGAAUCGCUAGACCAGCUUUGAUGCCCCCUCCGCAAGCAUCUCGGCCACGUUCUGCACUACCUGUAGCCAGACGUCCUCCACAAGGAGCACCUCGAGGUUUACCCGUACAAAGACGCCCAGCAUCGAAUAUACCCGUUCCAUUUUCUAGAGGGGCAGGUGCCUCUUCUAGAAUUCCCUGUCCUCGUAGAAUAGGAAUUGCACAACCUUCUGUUACCAUAAAUGCUGCGAGAUCUAGAGGAAACGAUAUAAAUAUAAAUAUUCGUUUAUCGAUUGAACCCCCAGAUGAAGAGUUAGAGGAGUUUGAGAGAUUAGAAAGAGAAAUGGAAGAAUUGGAGGAAUUCGAGAGAAUGGAAAGACAAUGUGAAUUAGAAUGUUCUAAUUCAGCUCAAGUUUACGAUGCUGUUCCAGUAACACCAGCAGCUCAAAGAGGUCGUUAUGGUAGGGCGCAUUUACCACUAAUUGCUGGUCGCAGAGAACUCGGUACAGGUACAGCACGAGCUACACGUCGUCAUAAUCAAAUGUUUGACACUAUGGCAGCAUCAGCAGCUGGUGCUGAUAUAGCCGCUUACUCACCACCACCUUUCGAAAGCCCGCCAGAUUUAAGCAUGGGCUCCGCUUGGGAAAGAGUGGGACAAGCAGGUUCAAUGCUAAUGGAUGAAAGCAUGAUGGAUAACACUUUCGACAGAGCAAUGCUUGAAGAUACUUUUGACAACCAAGCAGCUUGGAAUCAAUUGACGCAAGACGCAAGUGGAUACGAUUUAGGAAACGUUUCGUUUAACUAUGAAAGUCCAGGAUGUUGUUGAACAUUUAAAUAACAAGGAUGUAUCGUUUAGGGUCUUAUUCGAAAAGAGGUUUGUAAUAUAAAAAUGCGUGUAAGUAGUCAAAAUUAAUAAAAACUAUUUGCAAUAACUUU